GUUUUUUCCGUGAAAAAUAGCGCUGUGCGCUGUGCGCGCUUCUUGCUGUGGAAACAAAACCUGUUGGGAGCGCGGCUUUCCUAUAUCAUAGUUUUCUUUUAUUAAAACAGCACAUAAUUAAAUGUCCAGAUGAAAUAGAAACAUUCGUUCCAUUUUAUUUGUACUCGAUUCAAAAUGAAUUUGACGGGGAGCGUGAUGGACCGCACCGGUCAACUAGACCAAUAUCGAACUUACAUUGACUCCCUGGAUAUUGCAGGGAAAAUGAUAGAACUGCAAAUCAACAAAGACAACAACUUUCCGACACUUGUCAGCAUGAUGCGAUUGUCUGCUGAAAGUGGGGCAACAGUAAGUGGAAUGAAUGACAGUGACUAUCCUUGUCUGAACAAUCUAUCUGGUGGUCUGGCAGAUUUGAAGCAAUUACGAAGUCAGUUUCAAUUUCCUCUCCCUCGGGAAGUUAUGGAACAUUUUGGUCACAUGCAAUGCCAUUGCAUGAUGGGACUGUUCACGGAUAUUCAUCGAGCCUGGCUUACAAUUGACAGUGACAUUUAUGUGUGGACAUAUGAGCAUGGGUCUGAUGUUGCAUAUUAUGAUGCUUUAGGAGAAACAAUUUUAUGUGUUGGUUUAAUUCGUCCAAAGGCUGGAGUUUUUAAGAGCUUCAUUCGAUAUCUUCUUAUUCUUGCAACAACUAUAGACAUAGUAAUCCUAGGAGUAACAUUCUCAUCCACAGCUGAUGGCCAGCAUGAGGAAAUGCAUGUAAUAUUAGAGCCUGUAUUCAGCGUACCAACGGAUGGCGUCAUUGCCACCACCAUUGUAGGAACUGAUUCAGGGCGAAUUUUUAUUGGAGGCCGUGAUGGUAAUUUGUAUGAAAUUGUAUAUCAGGCUGAGGGUGGAUGGUUCAGCAAAAGAUGUCGGAAAGUGAAUCAUUCUGUUGGGACCCUUUCCUACAUUAUGCCCUCGUUUUUGAGUGCAGCAUUUGCUGAGGAGGAUGCUAUCUCUCAAAUUGUUAUUGAUAGCAGCCGCCAUAUUUUGUACACAUUAUCAAACAAGGGUACUAUUGCUGUGUUUGAUAUGGGUGCAGAUGGGCAAUCAAUGAGCCGCACUACAGCCAUGUCUCAGGCAUCUAUUGUGCAGCAUGCUAUUAAAAUUGUCAACAAAACUCUUGAUAGCAACAACUUCCGACCUAUUGUCAGUAUUUCAGUCAUUGAAUCUAAGGAGUCAACCCAUUUAAAUGUAGUGGGUGUAACUCACGGUGCAAGGCUAUACUUCACCACUGGAUGUGUAAGCAGAGCAGUAAGACCAUACACCCUUAACCUGCUUCAUGUUCGGCUACCACCGGGUUAUGCUGCCAAUGCUCCAUCUCACCGACCAGCAAAAGUUCACAUGGCUACCUAUAAUAAAGGCAAUACCAUUCUUAUUACCUCAGAGGGUGGGGAAUCUGACACUUUGUGGUGCCUAAGCAGUGAUCCAUAUCCAUUCCACCCUUAUCUUGUGGAGGUACAAACAGUUCUCAAUCUCCAUGGGCGUGUCUGGGCUUUGGCUGAAAUUGGUGGACAACUUCCAAUUGGUCCUGUGGCAAACAGUCAAGCAAUUUCAGAAAAGGAUUCUUCAUCUCAAGCGCACCCAGACACAAGUCUGGAUCAGCCAGACCCACCUCUUGUUGUCCGUCAGCACAUUGAGCCUCCUCGGAAAUAUGUUGUUCUCACGCCACAGGGUACAGAAAUUUUCAACAAGUUGAGACCAGUUGACAUACUACGUCAAAUAAUGACUGAGAGAGGAGGGCCAGAAAAUGAUGCCGUGAAAACCUUCUUUGAAGUUCAAACAGAGGAACAGGCAUGUGCUACAUGUCUCAUACUUGCUUGCCUGGAGAGCACUCAAAAUGCUCAACUUGCUGAGUGGGCUACAAGAGCCUUCUUUUUGUAUGGAGGGGAGCCAAGGACAGGAGUCCCUGUUCGCGCCAAUCUUGCUGCCUCACCCUUCCCUUACUCUGUAGGAGGCAACUUUAACCCCAACAUUGUUUCAACUCCUGUUGCAUCCCAUGGGCAUGCAGGCCAUGCCGCCCAUUCCUCCAUUGCUGCAGCAUCUAUGGGCAUGAGCCACCAAGGAGCUGUUGAAGGCCACUUGGUGACAUACUCUGCCAAGCACAAUGGACUGUACCUUUAUGUCAGUAGAAUCUUGCGACCUUUAUGGAGCCAGAAAGUAACUCAACUCAUAACAGCUGAUAACAGAAAGAACUUCUUAGUGAGUGCUGUAUCCGGAGAGGACUGUGUUUGGGUUUUGAGUCAUCUGCAUGCUCUUAGAGCCUUCCUUGAGAGGAACACACAACUUGCUAUGCUUAAUAGCUCCAGCAGCCAGCUUCAAACUUCUCUUUCUCUGAGCCGCCAUGUUGAUCCUUUAGAAACUCCAGGACCAAACCGAACUGCUGUCCCUCACACAGCACUUCAAGAAGCUCAACUUGAGGAAAAGCGAUCAUUGGAUGCUCUCAAGACUUUCCUUUCACACACCUGUGAGGUUCUUGGAUUAUGGAAGGUUCUGUCUGAUCAUCAGUUCCACAACUUGGCUCAAGGACUAGCCCCUGAAGACCAGAAGCACUUAUCAGUUAUGACUUUCCGUGAUUUAAUCCUUGUGGGACAACCUCUGUGCUCUGCUCUGAUUACCAGCCUCAUUAAUAGCUAUUUAAGUGACAAUGCCUCUGUUGACUCUGUCAGUGCAAAGUUGCGUGAGAUUUGCCCCAAGUUGUAUAGGAAUGAAGAUGCAGCUUGUAAUAAGGCAAAUGAAAUGCUUAUGAAAGCAAAAUCUGAAGCCAACAUCGAUGAGAAAGAAAGACUGUUGCAAAGAGCUCUACAGCUAUGCAAAGAGGUUGCUCCCAACCUUAAUCUGGCAGCUGCAUGCUCAAAAUUCUACUCAGCACAGUGGUAUGAUGGAGUCCUCCAGUUGUGUACGGCAUUUGCUACCAAACUGGAUCCUAAAGAUGUUGCUGUUCACUACUAUAGAAAUGGAGAGCCUAACGAAGAUACUGAAGGCUGCCAGGCUUUCAUGCACAGGAUGGAUGCAUACAAGGAAUUAGUUGGUGUACUAGAUCAACUGUAUGGGCAAUCAAGAAGCCACAACACUAGUGUUGUCCCAGUGUCGCCUGGACCUCCUGUAUUGCGUGACUCUGUUCCAUCUGCACCCACUGACUCUCAAGCUCAAGCCAAGAGACUUAUUGAUCUAGCCCUGCGAUGUGAGGAUGAACUGUGCCAUGUUGCCAUUUAUGAGUGGAUGCUGCGCCGCGGACUUGAAGGCGAUCUACUGGCAGGGAGCAACACAUACCGUGGCCUUGAAGCUUUUCUCACUCGGGCUGCAAGAUCUCGCCCAGAUUCCAUUGAAGUCAAUGACUUGCUCUGGAAGUUCCAUGAAAGAAAUGGCAACCAUGCUGCAGCUGCUAAAAUCCUUUAUCAACUGGCUAGCAAACCAAGGACACUUAUUCAUCUCAAACAGAGGGUGGAUUAUUUAGCUCAUGCUAUAAUGUGCAUGAGAAGUGACAAAGUGGGAGCAGCUCCAAAUCUUGGAGUGUUCUUGCGAGAACUGGAGGAUCAAAUGGAGGUUGCUCGAAUUCAGCAAAAGAUUUUGGAUGCUGUUUCAAAUCUUCGUUCUCAACAUCCGCAACCUGAUGCUGUUGAAACUGCCAUUGUGAGAUUGAACAGUAACCUUUAUGAUAUGACUCAGCUGUAUCAAGACUAUGCAGAACCAUUUGACCUUUGGGAGUGCAAGCUAGCCAUUAUCCAUGUAUCUGGUUACACGGACCCCACUCUCAUUGAAAACAUUUGGCUGAAUAUUAUUAAGUCUGAGAUGAACCGGCGCAACACACAAGAUCGAAUAUCUGCAUUGAUGGACAAAGUGAAAACAUUGGGACGAGAAUAUUCACUGGCUUCAAGAUCUUUCCCCAUUGCUCUUCUUGUCAAAGCUCUUGAGGUUGAAGUGUGUUCUGCUAAAGCUGACCCAUCCAUUGUGUAUACCACAAUGCUAUCCACCGGUGUUCCUCUACCAACUCUGUUAGAUGUUUAUGAAAAAAUGAUUGCUGCUAACGAUAGAUGUUUCUUAGAAAAGGGCAAUGACUUCCACCUUAUUCAAGCUGUCAGCAACAUGGUGAAUACCUUCACAAAUACACCCACUAUGGUCCCAGUGACCGAAAGACGGGCUAUUGUAGCUAAGUCAGGUGAUGUUAUCUCCAUAUGCCUCAACACCCUUUAUAGUAAACCUGGACAACAAGACUUAAUUGAAAAAUUAAGAGGAAUUCAGGCUAAGUUGAAUCGUCUUGGGGGAAUGUAAUAAAUUCAAACUAGUUACUUAAAACUUUUAAGAACAUUUUUCUACAAAAUGAAUGGUUGAUCAGUGGUCUAGUGUGGGUUGUAUCUGUAGCCAUCUUUAUUGUGAUAUACUGGUGUGAAUUUUCAGUUUCUGAUUUAAUCUUGCUUAUUUUCAAUAUUCACUCAAUGAACUAUGGCUUUUUUUUGUACUUCUUAUUAAGAUUAGGAUAAUUACUUAAUGUGUAUAGAUUAGUAUUUGUAUUAUUUAGGUGUUUUCAUACUGCCUUGUCAUGAACAUGUGUUCAUGAAAAUCAUGUUUAGUAACAUUAAUGUGAAACUGACUUAAAACAGUACACUUUUCUGUAAUUUAAUUGGGAAUGAUGGUUUUUAAGUAUGGGGGUACUAGAGCCCUACAUGCCUCUUGGGCCUAGGAGUCUAGGGGGUACCUAAUACAGGUGUAUUGGGAGCAACCCAAGUUCCGCACAGUCUUUCUUGCUGAUUAAUUCUGCUCUCGACCUUUGUUUGGUAUUCCACACCACUUAGGACUAAAGCACUCAGGAAAGUGGUGAAGAAAACAAUAACUCAGUCUGUAAAAGCCUUUCUUAUUGUUGUCAUCUGUUCAUUUCUGUUUGAUAUGUGUGUAUAUUGAGAAUUCUUUUGAGCCUGGUUUGUAAGUUUUUAAAAUCAAUUUUUAUUUUGGAUCUUGUAUAUAUUUUGGUUCUUUCAGAACCUAUGAGAACUUGAUACAAAUCUAUCCAUCACUUCUCCCAUUUUUAAGUUAUAGGUGAAAAUAACAAUUGUAAAAUAUGACAUGGUGUAUCUGAACUGCCUGCCUUUCUACAGCCGCUAGUAUAAUAAAAUAAAACAAUUUAAACCUC